GUUGGUCAUGUCCAUUAACCCAAUCAGAAGAAACAUUUUAGCUCUAAACCGCGAAUUCUACUCUCAUGAUAAACAGUAAUGGCGUUAGCUGCAUCUCCUUCGCAUCUUCAUCUGCUUCAAUUGUCCGGCCACUCGCCAUCUCCGGCGGCGCAUUACCUUCUACUAGCGUCGCCAUGGCCGAAUUCCACUUCAAUUUCUUUGAAGAGUAGUCAGAUUCAUCUCUCUCCGGUCGCACUGAAAGUCGCCUCGAAGAUAACGUGUUCCGCGAGAUCGUCGACGGAGGAGGAUAGUUUGAGCGACUCGGACAGUCUAGCCGCUGAUAAUGAAGGUGGAGAGGAAGGGAGGGAGGAUAAGAAACUGCAGCACCAGAGUUCGGCCGUCGCGACGCAGAGGUCUGCAGUCUCGUCGGGCGAUUUUCUUUCCCUUGGAAUUCGCGAACCUGUAUAUGAGGUAGUAGAAAUAAAGUUCGAUGGUAAAGUGUCUAUAAGGAAGAUAAACAGGCGUCAGUUAUUGAAAUCAAGCGGUCUGCGUCCAAGAGAUAUCCGGAGUGUUGAUCCAUCAUUGUUUUUAACAAACUCAAUGCCGUCUCUGCUGGUACGUGAGCAUGCAAUUUUGCUAAAUCUGGGGUCAUUACGAGCCAUAGCAAUGCAAGAGCGUGUCCUUAUUUUUGACUAUAAUUGGUAACCUUUGCUUCUGGAACAUUUGGAAUAUGAUCUCUUUUUCUGAUCUUAUUGUUCACAUAAUUCUGUUGUGAACUUGCACUAAUGAAUUAAAUGUGUUCGUUCGUCCCUUUUAGUAAAGGAGGGAAAGCUUUCAUAGAUGUAUUGUUGCCACGACUAAACCCCAAAAAUAUGAAUGGAGGGCCCUGUAUGCCAUUUGAGCUUGAGGUUGUUGAAGCGGCACUGCUUUCACGAAUACAGCGACUGGAGCAGAGGCUAAUGGAUUUAGAACCUCGUGUGAGUAUGGAAACAUAGUUCAAGCUUUGCUUGAAGUUUUGCCUAACCGCUUAACUGGAGAUAUAUUGGAGCAACUUCGAAUUAGCAAGCAAACCUUGGUUGAAUUGGGUUCAAGAGCAGGGGCGCUUGGGCAAAUGCUACUUGAUCUUUUGGAAGACCCACAUGAAAUACGACGUAUAUGCAUUAUGGGGAGAGACUGUACUCUUAGGAAGGGAAAUGAUGACAUGGAAUGUUCUGUUCCCUCAGAAAAGCAAAUUGCUGAGGAAGAGGAGGAAGAAAUUGAGAUGCUUCUGGAAAAUUAUCUUCAAAGAUGUGAAUCUUGUCAUGGUCAUGCAGAAAGGCUUCUUGAUUCUGCAAAAGAAAUGGAGGAUUCCAUUGCUGUUAAUUUAAGUGCUCGGCGGCUUGAGGUCAGCAGAGUGGAAUUACUUCUUCAGGUUGGGGCAUUUUGUGUGGCAGUUGGUGCACUAAUUGCAGGUAUCUUUGGCAUGAACUUAAAGUCCUAUCUUGAAGAACAUGUGGUAUGUUUUUCUAUGAAAAUUUUAACUCAUUUAAAUUUUACCAUUCAGUUCCUCCUCAAGGUUCCGUCCCUUGCUUACUCCAAUUCACUGUUUUUUAUGAUUAUUAUUGUUGUUAUUAUUAUUAUUAUUAUUAUUAUUACUAUUACUUUUUGAUAUUAGGGGUGGGAUCUGAACCCAUCUCUUUUGGAUGGGGGGACAUGCACUCUAUUGAUUAAGCUACAAGCUCAAGUGCUGCUAAUUCACUGUUUUGUUCAAUUGCAAUGCAGUUCGCUUUUUGGCUAACAACAGCGGGGAUAAUUUUUGGUGCUGUUGUGGCAUUUUUUCUUACGUACUCCUAUCUUAAGACUAGAAAAAUUCUGUAACUAAGGAGAUGAUCCAAGUUUAGGCAUUUAUGGUUUCAUUCCAGGAGUUCAAUCACAAGAUUGAAAUGGAGGAGUCAUCAGAUGAAUACCUCACUUCAGUUAAUAAAGUUCUAUCUUCUGCAGCAAAGGACCUCUGUUACACUAGGCGGGCACACGACGACCCCGUAAUUAUUAAGUGCUUCACAACCGGUGCGUGCUUCACAACCAGUGCUUGGAUUUUAUUGAUAAACUGUUCUUGUUGUAUAGAUAGUCCCACUUGAUUCUACAAAGAUUGCGUUACCAUGCUAAAUUCGAUUUUUCCGAGUACGUUCCCUUUAUAAAAUAAAUAGUGCCAUUUAAU